GACUUAAGCAGCUCAAGCGAAGACGAAUCGGCUGAAACAACUUUAAACGACGACUUACCUGGAGGUUCUGAGCGAGAUGUAAUUGAAUAUUACUUUUACAGGGGUCUUAUAGGCAUAUUACUCUGAUGUUGGAAAAGCAACAUAAUAUUAUCUUGAAUCAGCGAACUCUCAAGCGAAGGCUGAAAGAUUGUGGACUUAAGAGACGUGAAACAGUAGAUGAGGAGCUCAAGGAACGCGUCGGGGAUCUUAUUGUACAAGAAAUAUGCACUGGUCCUGAUAGCCUCAGUGGCUACAGGACUAUGUGCAUGUCUUGCGCCUAA